UCUCUGCUGUGUGAUGAGUCUAUGGGUCUCUGCUGUGUGAUGAGUCUAUGGGUCUAGCGUUCAACUUCUUGUGCACCCCACGUGAGCUAAGCGCGCCUCCUCCCACGCCCCUGGCCGUGCCCGUCAAGAGGCUACCCGGGCGACCUUUGCCUUUGGGCGGUCGGUGGAGUUGCAGUUGGGUUGAUGGUUCGGGCCGGGACCGGUUCCAGGUCCGGCGAGGUCCGGAUCGUCGCACGUCAGAGGACACGCAGCUAGGGCUGGAGACACGCAGUGAGACACAGAGAGAGAGAGGCCCCCCACUCGAUGCCCCAAGAGAGACGCGCAGCGCCCCAGCUGGAGAUGUCCGACGGCCUCAGCCGGGGCCUCGCACAGGAAGAGCGGCGACUCCUGGAGCACGACGACGAUGAUGACUCCGAAGGCGAGAUCCCAGUGGCGAAUCCGGAGCAGACACAGCCGGAGAGUAUGGACUACCUCCCCCCGCACAGCCUCGUGUACCAGCAGUACCUCCUGCGUCAGCCACGCAGGCUGGAGUGGGACCGCUGGCUCAUGAUGGGACUGAUCGGCUUCUCCGUCGGCCUCACCGGAUUCCUGCUCCACCAAAUCAUCGAUGUGCUCAUCCACGCACGCUGGCAGCACGCUCGCUCGCUCAGCGGUGACUUCCUCCCGGCGUGGGCCUCUGCCCUGGCCAUCAGCUUGGCCAUGCUGGUGCCAGCGUCGGCGCUCGUGGUGUGGGUGUGCCCGGCGGCGGGAGGGAGCGGUCUGCCGGAGGUGAUCGGCUUCCUCAACGGCACGCUCAUUCGCCACAUCUUCAACGUGCGCACAUUCGCCGUCAAGUUCCUCUCCUGCGUGCUGGCCAUCUCGGCCGGACUCUUCGCGGGCCCCGAGGGACCCAUGAUACACAUGGGCGCCCUGAUAGGCGCCGGGCUGAGUCAGUUCAAGUCCGACACGCUGAGGAUUCGGCCGCCUUACUUCACAAGGUUCCGUAACUCGGCAGACAGGCGCAACUUCAUCUCGGCGGGCGCGGGAGCGGGCAUCGCCUCCGCGUUUGGCUCCCCCGUGGGCGGCCUCCUCUUCGCCAUCGAGGAGAUGUCCUCCUUCUGGAGCGUUCGCCUCUGCUGGCAGAUCUUCUUCUGCUGCAUGGUGGCCACCUUCACCACGGACCUCUUCAACUCGGCCUUCGUGCGCUUCGUCUACGUGGGGGAGUUCGGACUCUUCCGCGCCGACCGCAGCAUCAUCUUCAGGGUGACCGAGUCUCUGGACAUGCACAUCGCCGCCUUUGUCCCCACGGUGCUGCUGGGCUUGACCGGGGGCCUGCUGGGGGCCCUCUUCGUCCACGGCAACCUGAGCAUGGGGCGGGCGCGCCAGUGGGCCCUGGCCCGGGCCUCCACCGACGGACUUCGCAGGGCGAUGCGUCUCGCCGAGGCCGUGGCGAUACUGGUGAUCACCGUGUCCGUGACCGUCUACCUGCCUGCCCUCUUCCCCUGCUCGCCGGUCACCUGCCACAUCGAGGGGGACGUGGAGAACAGCUCCCUGUGCCUCAACCACACCCCGACCUACCAGGCCUCGCUGUUGGGAGACCCCCAAGCCAUGGAGUGGAUCCGCACGGAACCGGACACGGAGCUCUACCGGUGCCCGCAGGGCUACACGGAGGUCGGGGCGGACGGAGUGAAGCGAUCCAACCGGACCUUCAACCAGGUGGCCACGUUGCUGUGGCAGAACGGCGAGCGUGCCAUCCGCCACUUGUUCUCACGCCGCACCCACUUGGAGUUCGGGCCCCAGGCGCUGGCCACGGUGCUGCCCAUCUACCUCACUCUGGCCUGCUGGACAGCAGGCAGCGCCAUCGCCAGUGGACUCGUGGUGCCCACGCUGUACGUGGGUGCGCUGUACGGCCGCCUGCUAGGGGUGCUUCUGGUGCAGGCCGCUGUGAGCCUCUCACUGCCCGUGGGCUACUGGGCCUGGCUGGACCCUGGCGCGUUCGCUCUGAUCGGGGCAGCCUCCUUCUUCAGCGGAGUCUCACGCCUCACCAUGUCGCUCACCGUCAUCAUGGUGGAGAUCACGAACGACGUGCAGUUCCUGCUGCCCAUCAUGCUGGCCGUGAUGGUGUCGAAGGCGGUGGGAGACCGUUUCACACGGCCCCUCUACCACGCACUGCUGGACCAGAAGCAGACGCCCUACCUCGACUCAGAGCCACGGGUCAUCUUCAACAAGAGAGAGGUGAACCUGGAGCUGCUGACCGCUGGCGCGGCGAUGUCCCGUGGCGUGCGGAUCCUCGCGGUGCGGGAGAGCGUCGCCAACAUCGCUCGGCUCCUACUGGACGCGCCGCACGGAGCCUACCCCGUGGUCAGGGCACCCCCUCGUGACGAGGAGGAGGAGGACGGGGAGGAGGAGGACGGGGAGGAGGUGGAUGGGAAGGAGGAGGCGCGGGGAGGGAGGGGGUGCCGAGGCAAGGAGGUGUUCUUCGGUACCAUCACGCGGCUGGAGCUCAUCAUGAUCAUAUCCCAGGAGGUCCUCCUGGAACCGGAGGAACCGCGCGACCAGGAACCCAGAGUGGUGCUCGACUACCAGAUGAUCAAUGGGGACAAGAUCACGAAUCCGGCGGCCGUCCACGCGAUGCUGCUGAGGUACACAACUCAGGCACGGUACUCACGAAGCUUCGUCAACCUGUACCCCUACGUGAACCAAUCGGCGGCGUCCGUGCCGCGCCGCUUCUCGCUGCAGCGCGCCUACCUCGUGUUCCGUACGCUGGGACUCCGGCACUUGGUGGUGCUCGACGGCCAGGGCCGCCCCGCCGGGAUGCUGACGCGCAAGGACCUCACCGGCACGGCACUCGCUCGCAGCCUCCGACCGCUGCUGCCCGGCACCGCGGCACUGGCACUGGCACCGGCGGCACCGCCGGCACCGGCACCGGCACCGGCACCGGCACCGGCGGCGAUCGUCACGGGCUUCGUGUAA